AAUGUUAGUUUUGUCUUUCUCUGACCCCGCCCAUACUCACAUGACCCGCGUCACGUGACGGAACGCCUGCUUCUACGCCCCGCCCCCUCAUCGCAGACCGUCAGGCUAAACGGAGGAAGGCUAGCUGUUAGCUUCAACUGGCGAGACGGCGAGAUGAGUUUCCUGGGAGGAUUAUUUGGGCCAGUAUGUGAGAUAGAUGUGGUGCUGAAUGAUGCAGAGAACAGAAAAACAGCUGAGCUGAAGACGGAAGAUGGAAAAGUGGAGAAACACUACCUUUUCUAUGAUGGAGAGUCAGUGUCUGGAAAGGUGAAUCUAAACGUGAAGCAGGGAGGGAAACGACUGGAGCAUCAGGGGAUCCGCAUCGAGUUUGUUGGACAGAUAGAGCUGUUCUCUGAUAAGAGCAAUACCCAUGAGUUUGUGGACUUGGUGAAAGAGCUGGCAUUGCCUGGAGAGCUAACCCAGAACAGAAGCUACGACUUUGAAUUCAUGCAGGUGGAAAAGCCUUAUGAGUCGUACACUGGAGCAAACGUCAGACUAAGAUAUUUCCUCCGGGUGACAAUAGUUCGCCGCCUGUCUGAUUUAGUGAAGGAAUAUGAGUUAAUUGUUCAUCAGCUGGCCACUUAUCCAGAUGUAAACAACUCCAUUAAGAUGGAGGUUGGCAUUGAGGACUGUCUUCACAUCGAGUUUGAAUACAAUAAAUCCAAAUACCACCUGAAGGAUGUGAUAGUUGGGAAGAUUUACUUCCUCCUGGUCAGGAUCAAGAUCCAACACAUGGAGCUGCAGCUCAUCAAGAAGGAGAUGACGGGUAUAGGUCCUAGCACUACCACAGAGACGGAAACGGUUGCAAAGUACGAGAUCAUGGAUGGUGCUCCUGUUAAAGGAGAAUCAAUUCCAAUCAGACUUUUCCUGGCAGGAUACGAUUUGACGGCCACCAUGAGGGACGUUAAUAAAAAGUUCUCUGUUCGCUACUUUCUCAAUCUAGUGCUGGUGGAUGAGGAGGACAGGAGAUAUUUUAAACAACAGGAGAUUGUUUUGUGGAGAAAAGCUCCAGAGAAGCUGAGGAAAAGAAACUUCCACCAGCGCUACGAGUCGCCUGAGCCCAGGAGCCAGUCGGUUUCAGCCGAGCAGCCGGAGAUGUGAGGGCCACACCUAGAAAAACUGAAAACAUACGCAAACGCAUCACAGCUCCUUUCUGCGUAACAGCCAGAGGUGUGAGGGCUGACCCCACUGUCUAAAUGGUCUGAGAAACGUCCGUAAACACAUAUACACACUAGCUAUCCUCAGAUAUCCCCUGCCCCCACAAACCCUGCUCAAAACUUCACAGCUUCGGAUGUGAGCUGCUACCAUUGCUCUCUCAGCCAGAGCUGUAACACACAAACAGAUGUGCAAACAAAUGCAACAUAAGCCUGCUGAAUGUUGAAUGUCAAAGCUAAAGAGAAAAUUUGCCCAAUUAGAAAACAGUGAGACGGCCAAGUUAAUUAUAGCUCCUUCGGACUACAAACACACCCAAGCACACUUACAUGAAGCCAUACAGUCUCAGUCUGCUGAAUGCAAACUAACCAGGAAGAAAAAGGAAGAGAUGUUGGCUACACACCACCAAAGCACUUUUCCCUUCUGAAUCAAGAGCUUCUCUUGACGGAACAUCUGAUUCUGGACUUUCUCUCACACGUUUCCUCACACUUUACAUAAAAGUAACGUUUUCUGGAGUUUGCAUGAGCUGCUUGGGAAACGAAAGGCUUCAAAGACCAGAAGAGGCGGUGCUAUGAGGUUACAUCUAUGCUCUGUAUUUAUGUAAACUACCUGACUGCGAGCUGCCAUUCACUCAGCUGGAGAGUCAAGGAUUUCACAUUUAAGCUGAUUUAUUACUACAAAGAUGUUGCAGCGGUUUACAGACCCACAGGCAUUGUUCUGCUUUAAUUGGGGAGUCAAGUGCAAUAAGUGUCCACAACAACAUAAAACCCACACUACAUUUCGGACUUCAAAGAAAACAUACUUCCGCCUUUAUAUGUCUGCGGAUGCCAUACACAACUCAACAAAAUCACAAAACUUGACUGAUAUGUUUUUAAUAUGAUUUAUCUUCUGGUGAUUUGUUUAGGUCAAAUAAUCUGCAGGUUAGCUUUCUUUUGACUGAGGAACAAAUUCGAUAAGCACUGCAUAUGCCUGAGGAAAACAUUACACUCUGCUGUUAGGAGGAACACACUAAAUGUCACUAAAAGUGUCAGGUUGGAGCUUUAUUUAAAUGCAUUUAGGGUUAUGACAUGUUAAAGUCUGGCCACGGCAUUGUGUUUUAUCCUUGUCAGUGCUGUUUAUGACUGAAAAACUGUAUAUUUGCUACGGUGGGAUUGGUUUGCUUAUUGUAAAAAUGAGAAGCGUUUUCAGGGUGUCUAGGUGGUGGAUGAUAAAGUUUUAAAUUUACUGCUGGAAUUCUGCGAAGUUUAAUUUAAUGACAGUGAAGGCAUUCAAAGUCCACAAUGCAUUUAUUUGUCUCUUGUAUUUGCAUUUUUUUCUGUCAGCUGACCAGUCCUGCAGUGUGAAACAUUUUUCUUUUCAUUUCAGCUGGUCAAAAAAAAAAAGUUGUAGUGCAGCCACUUUUAAAUGAAAAACAUCGUUCUGUUGUUGCUGUAUAGCUGCUAGCCUGAAUGGUCAGCCUCUGUAUUUACUGAUCUUGUUGGCCUUCAGGGGUUAAAGCUUUGUGAGCCCACUGGAUCGAUAUAUUCAGACUGAUAAAGUAAUAAACGGUUUCUGGCUGUUGUAACUAUGGGAAAGGAUGUACUUUCCUCAUACUGUAAAUGCAACAAUGUUCCACUGUGAUGCUCAGACCUGCGGUCUAGGUCUUGCUUUAAUUACACUGUUACCAGUCCCAUGUGAUUUUGCCUCCAGCUCUGAUCUGUAGACAGUUUGCACUUUGCUCUUCAGUGCUAUACUUGGUGUUGAAGGGGAAUGUUUCCUGAAAGUUACCAUCACUUAAGGAACAACGUCAACUCAGAUGUUCUGAGUCCUCUUUUUUUUUUUUUUUUUUCAUUACACAUUUUUAUUCAGCUUUAUAUUCGUAUUUAUUUUUGCGUCUUUCACAUUUGGACAGUGGCUGCAUUCAUGGUGUAUUUUUUUUCAAUAAUGUUUGAACAGAAAUCUACAGUUGAGGUUUUCUCUGUCCUUUUAUCCUUGUUUUGAUCCUGUAAUAUGUGUCAAUCUUGUGUGAAAGCGGUGAAUUUAUUGAGAAAACAAAGUUUUGUUUUUCUUUUGUUUUGAUCAAUGUUUCGGUAGGAUUUGUUGGGUUGUCUUCAAAUCCAACAGUCUGUGCCUCUGUUUUCUGUAUGUUUAUCCACUCAUGUCAUUGUGUGACUGUGUGUAUGAGAUAAUGUGUAUGUAUUCUAUACACCCAAUCCAAAUAUAUAGCUAGAAUGAAUCAUGAAUAAAGCAGAUUUAUACUGAA